AUGUCCCGCCGUCGAACUUCCCAUAGCGAGCCCAUGAACGAGGCCGUGGCAUACCCUUUCUCCUCCACGUCAACGGCCAACGGCCAAAUGCCACCCGCCUCGCCGCGCCGCGGGCCCAUCGAGGGUCCCAAUGGCCGCCGUCUUAUCCGGCGCGUCACCUGGCGCUCAUCCACGUACAAGCUCAUGGCCUCGCUUUGGGUCCUGGGUGUGCUGUAUAUUCUGUGGUUGAUUCGGGAUUUGUUCUAUUUGCCGUUUACACCGUCCGAGGCGAGUACGCCCGCCCCUGCUGAUGCGUGA